CUCACAAUAAUGUCUUUUUUAUGAAAAAAACAUCAAUUUUUUACCAGUAUGCAUUUCUUAGCUGUUUGAAUAAACAAACAAAACACACAUAAUUGACAAUAUAACAAGAGAGGUGAUUAAUUAGACAUCAAUAGUUGGUGAAUUAUCUCUUCGUUUACACACCAUAGAAAGUACUGUACAGAUGGUAGAACGAACAGAACUUCUUCCAAGGACCAGCUCCAUCAAACACAUGAAAAGAUGGAACCUGACAAAGUAAAAAGAAGUAAUAUAUUAGUAACUAGAUCAGUAGACACGCACCAUAGUUACACACCUAGUUUUAAUAGAGGCAAAGAUUUCAAUAUCACAAAAAUCAUUAGUUCUGAAAGCAGCAGUCGAAUCAUACCCUAUCACAACACUAGCACAGAGUCAUAUCCAGAGAGAAGUAUGGGCAGUUCACAUCAUUUCAGACGAGCUGAGAAAGCUGAGACUUUGGCACAGUUAGCGGCAAGACGAUCUAAUAGUACUGGUGGUCUGAAAUACCUAGAUUCCACGUCACCUGAACGUUAUGAUACAAUUGAUGAACAGUAUGAAGAUAUGAUGACUCAUGAACCCCGGUCAGUUGCAAGUCAUUCACAUUACAGGCAUAUAAAAACACCAAUGGUUACAGAAGCAUCGACAAUUUCUUUGAGUUUAGGUGACAAAGUUUACAGCAACUAUGAUAGAUUUGCAAGUGCACGAAAAAACAACCGACCACCAUUGCUAAGGCACCACCCAAAGAGAUACUAG